CCGCCCGCACGCCCAGGCCCGGCCUCGCCGCCGCGUUAGGCCCCGGCCGCGGGGCGACCCCGCUCAGUCUCCUCCUCCUCCUCCUCCCCGGCGGCGAGGGGAGGCGGCCCUCCCCCGGAGGAUGAGCCAGCAGCUGCAGGCGGGGAAGAUGUCGGCGGCUCCCCUCGCGCCGCAGGCUCCGGACUCGGCGGCGGCGGGGAUGCUCGAGGGCCGCCAGAGGAAGCUGGAGUCUAUGAUCCGCGAUCCGCGCUCCCCGGUCAACGUGGAGAGCCUGCUGGAUGGCUUGAAUUCUUUGGUCCUUGAUCUGGAUUAUCCGGCGCUGAGGAAGAACAAGAACAUUGAUAAUUUCCUAAAUAGAUAUGAGAAGAUUGUGGAAAAAAUACGAGCUUUACAAAUGAAAGCUGAAGACUAUGAUGUUGUUAAGGUGAUUGGAAGAGGGGCUUUUGGAGAAGUGCAGCUGGUUCGCCAUAAAAUGACACAGAAGGUUUAUGCAAUGAAGCUGCUUAGUAAAUUUGAAAUGAUCAAGAGAUCAGAUUCAGCCUUUUUCUGGGAAGAAAGAGAUAUCAUGGCCUUUGCCAAUAGUCCAUGGGUGGUUCAGCUUUUUUGUGCCUUUCAAGAUGACAAAUACUUGUACAUGGUAAUGGAAUACAUGCCAGGAGGAGAUCUUGUAAACCUUAUGAGCAAUUAUGAUGUGCCUGAGAAAUGGGCCAAGUUCUAUACAGCCGAAGUUGUUCUUGCUCUUGAUGCGAUUCACUCCAUGGGCUUGAUACACAGAGAUGUGAAGCCUGACAAUAUGCUAUUAGAUAAACAUGGGCACCUGAAGCUGGCAGAUUUUGGCACUUGCAUGAAAAUGGAUGAAACAGGUAUGGUGCGCUGUGACACGGCUGUUGGAACCCCCGACUACAUAUCCCCUGAAGUUCUGAAAUCACAAGGGGGUGAUGGUUAUUAUGGACGGGAGUGUGACUGGUGGUCUGUAGGAGUUUUCCUUUUUGAGAUGCUGGUUGGUGAUACUCCUUUUUAUGCAGACUCCUUAGUAGGGACAUACAGUAAAAUUAUGGAUCACAAGAACUCACUACAUUUCCCAGAUGAUGUAGAAAUCUCUAAGCAUGCAAAGAACCUCAUCUGUGCCUUCUUAACUGACAGGGACGUGCGACUUGGGAGGAAUGGGGUAGAAGAAAUAAAGCAUCACCCUUUCUUUAAGAGUGACCAGUGGAAUUGGGACAACAUCCGAGAGACUGCUGCUCCUGUUGUUCCUGAGCUUAGUAGUGAUAUAGACAGCAGUAAUUUUGAUGACAUUGAGGAUGACAAAGGAGAUGUGGAAACCUUUCCAAUCCCCAAAGCCUUUGUGGGAAACCAGCUGCCUUUUAUAGGAUUUACCUACUAUAGAGAUAAUUUGUUGCUAAGUGACUCCUCUCAGUCUUGCAGAGAAAAUGAAUCGGUGCAAUCUAGUAAAAAUGAGUUUCAGAAAAAACUAAGCAAGUUAGAAGAACAACUCAGUAAUGAAUUGCAAGCCAAAGAUGAACUAGAACAGAAAUACAGGUCUGCUAAUACUCGUUUAGAGAAGAUAGUGAAAGAGCUAGAUGAAGAGAUAACUUCAAGGAAAAAUGUAGAGUCUGCAGUCAGACAACUAGAAAGGGAGAAGGCUCUUCUUCAGCAUAAGAAUACAGAAUACCAGAGAAAAGCAGAACAUGAAGCAGAUAAGAAACGCAAUUUGGAAAACGAGGUUAACAGUUUGAAAGAUCAGCUUGAAGAUUUAAAAAAGAGGAAUCAGAACUCUCAAAUAUCCAAUGAGAAAAUCAAUCAACUACAAAGACAGCUGGAUGAGGCCAAUUCUUUGCUGCGAUCAGAGUCUGAAACUGCAGCCAGGCUAAGGAAGAACCAGACUGAAAGUACAAAGCAAAUCCAGCAGUUGGAAGCUAAUAAUCGAGAACUACAGGAUAAGAACUGCCUGCUAGAGAAUGCUAAACUCAAACUGGAGAAGGACUUUCUCAAUCUUCAGUCUGCUCUAGAAUCAGAAAGGAGAGAUCGAAGUCAUGGAUCAGAGAUUAUCAGUGAUUUACAAGGUCGAAUAUCGAGCCUGGAAGAAGAAGUGAAAAAUGGAAAGAGUGCAUUAGCCAAACUAGAAAUGGAGAAAAGGCAAUUGCAGGAAAAACUUACAGAUUUAGAAAAGGAAAAGAGCAACAUGGAAAUAGAUAUGACAUACAAAUUCAAAGUUAUGCAGCAGAACCUUGAGCAAGAGGAAGCUGAACAUAAAGCCACAAAAGCACGACUGGCAGACAAAAAUAAGAUUUAUGAAUCUAUAGAGGAGGCAAAAUCUGAAGCCAUGAAAGAAAUGGAGAAGAAACUUUUGGAAGAGAGAGCUUUGAAGCAAAAAGUGGAAAAUCGGUUGUUAGAAGCUGAAAAGCAGCGCUCCAUGUUGGAUUGUGAUCUCAAACAAUCACAGCAGAAAAUAAAUGAACUCCUUAGGCAAAAGGAUAAACUAAAUGAAGAUGUUAAAAACUUGACUUUAAAAAUAGAGCAAGAAACACAAAAGCGUUGUCUCACUCAAAAUGACCUCAAGAUGCAAACACAACAGGUCAACACCUUAAAAAUGUCAGAGAAGCAGCUAAAACAGGAGAAUAACCAUCUUCAGGAAAUCAAAUUAAGUCUGGAGAAACAAAAUAAUGAACUCCGCAAGGAACGUCAAGAUGCAGAUGGACAAAUGAAAGAGCUUCAAGACCAACUUGAAGCUGAGCAGUAUUUCUCAACCCUGUAUAAGACACAAGUUCGAGAACUUAAAGAAGAAUGUGAGGAAAAGACCAAACUUUGUAAAGAGAUGCAGCAAAAGAUACAAGAGUUACAGGAUGAGAGAGAUUCCUUGGCAGCACAGCUAGAAAUCACUUUGACAAAAGCAGAUUCAGAACAACUUGCACGUUCCAUUGCUGAAGAACAGUACUCUGAUUUGGAAAAAGAGAAGAUUAUGAAAGAACUGGAGAUUAAAGAAAUGAUGGCUCGGCAUAAACAGGAGCUUACUGAGAAGGAUGCCACCAUAGCCUCUUUGGAGGAAGCAAAUAGAACACUAACAAGCGACGUGGCUAAUCUUGCUAAUGAGAAAGAAGAACUAAACAAUAAACUGAAGGAGGAACAAGAACAAAUUGCGAAGUUAAAAGAAGAAGAAGCAAAUAUAGGAAAUAUUAAAGCACAGUUUGAAAAACAACUGUUGAAUGAAAGAACACUGAAAACCCAGGCUGUGAAUAAAUUGGCUGAGAUCAUGAAUCGGAAGGGUCCAGUCAAACGUGGAGCUGACACCGACGUACGGCGGAAGGAGAAGGAAAAUAGGAAACUGCAUAUGGAACUGAAAUCUGAACGAGAGAAGUUAACACAAAUGAUGAUCAAGUAUCAGAAAGAAAUCAAUGAAAUGCAGGCACAAAUAGCAGAAGAGAGUCAGAUACGAAUUGAGCUCCAGAUGACUCUGGACAGCAAAGACAGUGACAUUGAACAGCUUCGCUCACAACUACAGUCAUUACACAUUGGUCUAGACAACAGUAGCAUAGGCAGCGGGCCUGGAGAUGCUGAGGCAGACGAUGGAUUCCCUGAAUCAAGAUUGGAAGGCUGGUUAUCACUACCUGUUCGAAAUAACACUAAAAAAUUUGGUUGGGUUAAAAAGUAUGUAAUUGUAAGCAGUAAGAAGAUCCUGUUCUACGACAGCGAACAAGAUAAAGAGCAAUCCAAUCCCUAUAUGGUAUUAGACAUAGACAAACUAUUCCAUGUCCGACCAGUCACCCAGACUGAUGUGUACAGAGCAGAUGCCAAGGAAAUUCCAAGGAUAUUCCAGAUUCUAUAUGCUAACGAAGGAGAGAGCAAAAAGGAGCAGGAAUUUCCUGUGGAGCCUAUGGGAGAGAAGUCAAAUUAUAUUUGUCACAAAGGACAUGAGUUUAUACCUACUCUUUAUCACUUUCCAACCAAUUGUGAAGCUUGUAUGAAGCCUCUUUGGCAUAUGUUUAAACCUCCUCCUGCUCUGGAAUGUCGCCGUUGCCAUAUCAAAUGUCACAAAGAUCAUAUGGAUAAAAAAGAAGAGAUUAUAGCACCUUGCAAAGUGUAUUAUGAUAUUUCAACGGCGAAGAAUCUACUACUGUUAGCUAAUUCUACAGAAGAACAGCAAAAAUGGGUGAGCCGACUGGUGAAAAAAAUACCCAAGAAACCUCCAGCACCAGACCCCUUUGCUAGAUCUUCUCCCAGAACUUCUAUGAAGGUACAGCCAAACCAGUCCAUCAGACGACCAAGUCGACAGCUUCCUCCAAACAAACCAAGAUUACUUGAUCUGGCAUUUAAAGACUGGGAUUGGUCAUUUGAUGAUGUUGAUGAUAUUGAUGAUGAUGAUGAUGAUGACGAUGUUUUUGAUUUCUGAAGAAGUAUAAGGGCUAACUGCUUUCCAUGAACGCAGACGCAACUCAAGGUGAUAAUUUUCUUCCUGUUACAGCAAGACUGAAACAUAUCCCAAAAUAUAUUAAAAAUAUAUAUUUUCCUGAGA